UCUUUGCAUGUUUUCCUAAAUCUAUAACAAUUAUCCAAAAACGCAUUGAUCCUGGGGAAGGAUAUUGUGUAACGUCCGAUUGAAUCCAUAGCAAUUAUCCCAAGAUGCAUUGACCCUGGGGAAGGAUAUCGUGUGACGUCCUAUUGAAUCCAUAGCAAUUAUACCAAGAUGCAUUGACCCUGGGGAAGGAUAUCGUGUGACGUCCUAUUGAAUCCAUAGCAAUUAUCCCAAGACGCAUUGACUCUGGGGAAGGAUAUUAUGUGACAUCUGAUUGUUACUCACACUGACUGUCAGUAAUAUUCAGACAUAGACUGAUGUGAAAGUUUACGAUUUGGGGAAGGAAUCAAGAACGGAUUACAAAUUCGCACGUGUAACGAAUUUGAGCACCAGCGGGAUCGAAGGCGUGCCGAAGGACAUCGUGGAUAAGCGAUUUAAUGCGGACAAAUAGUAUUGUAAGAUCCUGCUAACACCACGGAAUAUUACCAUAAGACAUACGUCCAGCCAACUUCCACAGGUUCACGAAGCUAGUUGGAUGCCAUAAGUUCAAAAAAUCAAGGAACUUACAAGUGUAGAGACACUUUAUAUGAUAUAAUCAGAUAAGGAUGUAUGGACAUAUAGAGAAAAACUGAAACAGUAAGACAAGGCCCAAGCGCGGUAGAACACGAUACCUGAUAAGAUACGAAGGGCCGGCCUGAAAAAAAUUCGGGACCCCGGGUCGUGUCCUGACGACCGAUCGUGAAGGAAGGACCGGGGCCGAAAUUAGGUUUGCGAGGCACGUUUCUCCCCUCGUGCGGCGCGGCGCGAAGAGAGAAACGCGGCUUUCGGUUCACCGUGCGACGGUGUCAGGACGUUAACCGUGAGGUAUCCAUCACUGCCUUACUGAGAAACUCACGACACGACGCUGUUCCAACUUCGGUGGAUCAGAUAAAUUUGAAAUUUCCGGUAUACAUCGCAGAAUACAAAACAAUGAGCGAACGGGAGGAGCUUAUUAUCUGCGUACCAGGCCAAAGAUUAUGCGUGUCCGAUAAAAGCAAUGUAGCUGGUCGCGGAACGUACGAGCAACAAGGUUAUAUUUAUUCGAAACUCGCUGGCAUUGUAAAAUUAGUGACGGAUGAAAAAACCCAUACAAUUGAGGUACACAGUAUGACAGAGCAGAGCAUCAUUCCUGCACCAGGAGACAUUGUCACUGCCGUGGUCACUGUAGUCAAUCAAAGAUUUUGUAAAUGCAGCAUCAAAUGUGUAGGCGACAUAGUACUGACGAGACCUUACAGAGGUAUACUGAGGAAAGAGGACGUCCGGGUGAUUGAAAAAGACAAAAUAGAGAUGUACAAGUGCUAUCGGCCUGGCGACAUCAUUCUCGCAAGAGUUAUGCCAAUGACAGAAAUACACACUUACCAAUUGAGCACCGCGGAAAAUGAGCUAGGGGUAGUUAUUGCUCACAGUGACGAAGGUGUAGCUAUGGUACCAAUCAGCUGGACACAGAUGCAGUGUCCGAAGUCUUUGUGCAAGGAAUUUCGUAAAGUUGCUAAAGUUGUGCCAGAACACAUUGUGGCAGAACAAGCUUAGUAGGCAAACGGCUAAUAAGUUUAUGAGUAAUCAGCUUUUCAACUGUAUAAUAUUAUUUUAGAGUCUAUUUAAAACUUAGAUUAUUGUACACUUUGUAUAGAAGGUUCAUAUAAGUGAAUAUAAUUUUUGUAGAUUGAUAUUGAAGAUAAGGCUUCACAGUUUGGUGAAGUAACUAAAAAUUCUUGAACAUUUUUAUUCAAUUAAAUUCUUUUUAUCUGUAAUUUUAAAUUUAAAGAGAUAAGUUUAUAGGACUCUGCACUGUAAUUAAUGCGCAAGUUCUUUAAAUAAAUAUAAGUUUUUAAUAAGAAAAAAA